UGCAGUGUUUUCCAUGUUGGUAGGCCUAGAGCUUCAACCUAAUAAGCCCAUAUGUAUAAUAAGGUUAUAUAUAAAGAGGAGAAGAUCAUUAUAAGGAUGUUGGUUUUUCCUUUCUCUCUGAUUUGAAACGUUUUGGUUUUACAAAGUUUGAAAACUACUCAUCAACCUCAAAAAUAUCAUUACUAUUAAUUAUAAUCAUACAUAGAAUUAUUAUUAUUAUUAUUAGUAGUAGUAGUAGUAUAGUAUGGAAGCAGAACAACUUAGCCCAUUAGCUGUGACUCAUCUUCUUCAACACACCUUGAGAAGCUUGUGCAUUCAUGAAAACUCUCAGUGGGUUUAUGCUGUGUUUUGGAGGAUCCUUCCUAGAAAUUACCCACCUCCCAAAUGGGAAGGUCAUGGAGCUUAUGACAGGUCAAGAGGGAACAGAAGGAACUGGAUAUUAGUUUGGGAAGAUGGUUUCUGUAAUUUUGGUGCAUCAACAACAGCUUUAGAGAUGAACUCAGGAGCAGGAGCAGGAGCAGGAGGAGCAGGAGGGCAUGACCAUCAUCAAUGCUCAGGCUCAGGCUCAGGCUCAGGUUCAGGUUCAGGGGCUGCUAAUUCAUCGGUGUACGGAAACUCAUCAUGUGACCACCAGUUUCAGCAAUACCAAGGCCUUCAGCCAGAGCUUUUCUUCAAGAUGUCCCAUGAGAUCUACAACUAUGGUGAAGGUUUGAUAGGAAAAGUGGCUGCAGAUCAUGGUCAUAAAUGGAUAUACAAGGAGCCUAAUGAUCAAGAGAUCAACUUCUUGUCAGCAUGGCAUAACUCAGCCGACUCGUACCCUAGAACAUGGGAAGCCCAGUUUCAGUCCGGCAUAAAGACGAUUGCCCUGAUAGCAGUGAGAGAAGGAGUUGUUCAGUUGGGAUCUAUCCACAAGGUUAUUGAAGACUUAAGCUAUGUAGUUCUUCUAAGAAAGAAGUUCAGCUACAUAGAAAGCAUCCCAGGAGUGCUUCUUCCUCAUCCAUCUUCCUCACCAGUAUAUCCAUUCAAGGUGGUUGAUAACAAUUACGGAAUUACCCCUGAUGCAUGGCAUUUCCAAGGCCUGCUACCCCAAACUCAUCAUAACAAUGACUACUAUGAUCACCAAUACAACAACGGCUAUAGUAAUAAUAACAAUGAUCAACCCUUGAUGAAGAACAUCAUAACUCCCUCCAUGAGCAGUCUUGAGGCCCUCCUCUCUAAGCUUCCCUCUGUGGUGCCGCCACCGCCUCAUGUGGCGGCCGGAGCGGGGCAGACCGGCGGCGGCUGCUUCUCUCAGUUCCAAAGACCAACAACACCUUUGGAGUUUGAUCAUAUGGGAAUGGAAAAGAUUAUUGCCAAGGAUGAAAUUGAUGAUGAUCAUCAGGAAGGUGAAGAUAAUUAUAGACCAGAAAUAAGGGAUCAUCAUGCUGGUGAGAGCAGCAGCUCCAUGUCCAUGUCGGGUUUCAGGCAGCAGCAGCAUCAUUAUUUCCAUCACCACCAAGAUCAUCACAGCCUGGCCAGAAGUACCGGACCCAAUAAUAGCGGAUUUUGAUUAUUAAUGAAUAAUCAAUAAUUAAUAUAUAUAUAUAUAGUUUUCCACUUAAUUAUAUAUGCAUGGCCAGGUUAUAUAUUACUUAUAGGAGUUGAUUUCUAACGUUGUUAGGAAAUUAGCUUUCGAUCUAAUAGAUUAAUUGCUUUCCUCUUUAUAACGGUCAUUAGAUUAGGGCGUUAGUUAUAUAUAUAGCUGUUAAUGGCUGCAAAAGGCUUGGUCCUUAAUGAAUUGAUGAAAUAUAUAUAUAUUUAUACAAUUAUAUAUAUAUAUAUUCUAAAGAUCUUCUAUUCGAAGUAUAUCUUCUUAUUCCAUAUCUAUAUGACAUAUAAUAUAUGGUACUUGUUAUGCGCCUGUCUCUAUAUGGAUGGAUCUCAGCUGCUAUAAAAAACUGUGCGGCUGGCUGUGAGAAUCAGACAUAUAUAUAUAUAUACAAAUAUAUGUAUCUGUAUAUAUACAUGCAUGCAGGGUUGAAAAGACAAUGGACUUGACUUGCACCAUUAAUAUUUAUAAUACUUAAAAUUCUGCUGAA